CAAAUCAUUGUCUUUUUCAGAUUUUUACAGCUUAACAUUAUUUACACUUGUUUCACUUAAGUUGCCAAAUCUUCAAGAGGUUGGUAUGUGGUAUUUCCAAUAAAACAUUGGAUAAAAGAACUGGAGAUCAAGACAGAGAUCUUUUGAAAAGAUCAGAUUUUUUUGUGAGCACUGAAGCGGUUUAUACUCUUUAUCUUGUUACACAACAGACAGUACAUAUUUUGACCUUUAUUGAGUUCAUUCACAUUUAUUUUCCAUAUUAGUUAAUUCUACUUGUGAAGAUGGAUAUAGAAACCUCUGAAGAUUAUAAACUAUCAUUUCAAGAUAUAAAUAUUUUUAUCAACAAGACACAGAUAUUACAUAAUGUAUGUGGAGAUGUACAAGGUAAAGAAGUACUGGCUGUCAUGGGACCAAGUGGUUCUGGUAAAACAACCAUGCUUAAUGCUAUAGCUGGUCGUGAAGCUGUAAAAUCAGGAGAAAUAACAAUAAAUGACCAAUGUAUCAACAAACAGUUAAGAAGAAAAAUGGGAUAUGUUUUACAACAAGAUUUAUUCUAUUCUAACCUUACGCUAUGGGAGACAUUAUAUUUUACAGCUAUGUUACAUAUACCAGAAAAAGUACCCACGUCUGAAAAACUUCGACGUAUUGAUGCAAUUAUUGAAACUUUAGAUUUAGAAAAAUGUCGAAAAACAAUUAUCGGUGCUCAGUUUACACAUGGUUUAUCUGGUGGUGAGAAGAAAAGAUUAAGUAUUGCAUGUGAACUUUUGACUAAUCCAGAUAUCAUGUUACUAGAUGAACCAACAUCAGGAUUAGAUUCUAGUACAGCGUAUAGUUUAAUGGUACAAGUAAAACGUUACGCAGAGAUGUAUAAUAAAGCUGUUAUUGUCACCAUACAUCAACCUUCAAGUCAGAUAUUUCACAUGUUUAAUACUCUAUUACUGUUAGCAGAUGGUCAUGUUGCUUAUUUUGGAAAAGCAGAAAAGGCUUUGGAUUUUUUUGAGGAAAUUAAUUUUGUGUGUGAACCACACUUUAAUCCAGCCGAUUUUCUUUUAGAACUAGUGAAGAAAGAUGAAGAAACCCUAGAAAUAAUCUUAGAAAACUGGAAAGCCAAGAGCAGUUCAAACAAAAAGAAAUUAAGCAACUCUAAUUCUCUAGAUCUGGACAAUUUUGAACCAGUCCAUGAGCCUUCUGAUAUCACCUUACAGUAUAUCAAAAUAUUAGAUCCGGAUGAAAAUAAAGACAUUGAUAAAUUAAGCAAUGGUAAUCAUCUAUCAGAUGUUCGAUGGCAAAGUUCUUUCUGGACUCAGUUGAAGAUGCUGACUUGGAGAAAUUUUAAAGAAUCGAGGAGCAGAAUUUUAUCUAAAUAUGUUGUAGGAAGUAACAUUGUUAUAGCUGUUGCUAUGGCAGUAUUAUGGUUUCAAAUGGAACGUUCAUACAAGACAAUAAGAGACAGGAUGGGAUGGUCGUUUUUUAUAAUUGUUUAUUGGGGCUUUUCACCGAUUAUGGAUGCUGUUAUUAGCUUUCCCAUGGAGAAGACAAUAAUGCUGAAAGAAAGAGCUGCUGGUUCCUAUAGAUUAUCAGCUUAUUAUCUAGCUAAAACAAUCAGUGAAAUACCAUUAAUUGCUCUCCUGCCAUUUGUAUUUGUAACCAUUACAUAUUGGGCAGCUGGUAUGAAAGGAGUUGUUGAAUAUAUUGCUACCAUGCUGUUAAUAUCCAUAUCUGCCAUCAACUCCCAGGGCUUUGGUUUUGUACUUGGAGCUGGUAUAUUAAAUUUUGAGCUAGCUUUAACAUCUUCAACCACCUUUAUGUUGCUUUCUCUUACAUUAGGUGGGUUUUACAUUCAGAGGUUUCCACCCUGGCUGGUUUGGUCAAGAUAUCUCUCAUUGCUCCAUUAUCCAUUUUCUGCCAUCAGUAUAUUAGAAUUUGCUGAUACCGCUCAAAUUCUCUGUGCUAAUGUCACUGUUACACAAUUUCCACAAUGUGGUAAAAAUGGUACAGAUUUUGUUACAUCAAAGAUGAUAUUGGAGGACUUCCAAGUGACAUUACCUAUAUAUUGUUAUGUUUGUACAUUGAUUAUAAUGACCAUACUAGUGAGAAUUCUGGGUUAUUUCGUGUUGAGGUUAAAAACCAGGCAAAAACAUCUUUCAUAACAAGCUGUAAUGAAAAGGUUUGAGCGAAGCACUAUAUGAUAUACAUGUACAUGGUGAUUACAAGAAUCUUGAUAUCGUGUAUCACCUAAAAUGGAAGUUAUUUAUACUCUACACUGUUUUAAUGUAAACUAAUGUGUUUUAUGAGAUAUUGAUUGGAUGGACCUCCAGUUGAUAUAAAUAGUUCUAAUUAUGUCAAGAUGUACUAAUUAUUGUAUCAUAAAUUCAUCCAUCCUUUACUGUUAACUAAUUCACAAAAACUGUCCCUAAUAAUUGAUAACCAAUCAUGUUACCUAAUUUGGGUGCCUGAGUCUCAAAUCUUUUCACUCAGUAGGCCUAAGUGUAUUUGAUGAUGAGUGCAUGUGGGAGACAAAAAGGGGUAUUUUCUGGCAAAAAUCUAAGAUUUUCAGGGAAAAUCAUUCAUUCUGGCAAGAAUUUUUCUGCCCUCAUAUUAUAAGGUCCUGUACAUCCACAGUGCACUGAUUGACGGAGUAGGUUAAUUGUGCAUAUUUCUGAUUGAUAUUUGGGAACAUACCGGUGUUCAGUUGAUCUAAUUUAAUACCAGUGUACUCAUUUUCAUGUGUUAUUCCCAUAUCCAUGUGCAUCAUUUGUGUAACUGUAUUACGGGUACAUUUAAUUAACAAAAAUGUGUUUGCUCUAUAGGCCAACAUACACUACAACUCAGGUAUCAUGUAGUUAUAAACCCAACGCUCAUUAUCGAAUCUAAACAGACCCUUUUUAAACCACACAACAGUAGAAACCCAAUGCUUUUCUAUGAUUCUCAACAGAUUUGAUCAGUUUUCCAACAAUGGUUUGAAACUAAACAUUAAAUACAGAAACUACUGCCCUGCUAAAACAACACAACUAAAUGAUACCCAAGCUGUAGUGAUGUAUAUUGACUUAUCAUGUUAUUUAAUUCACCUGUUGGUAUUGUUAAAUUAUGAUGGAGCUUUUUUUAAAAUAAAGUC